GCCGCCGCCGCCGCCACCACCACCAACGAUCGAUCGAUCUCCUCCUCCUCCUCCUCGAGACGAAGGCGGGCUGUGCUGGCGGGGCGGGGGAAGACGGAGGAGCGGGCGGGCGUGGGGAUGACGCGGCGGUGCUCGCACUGCAGCCACAACGGGCACAACUCGCGGACGUGCCCCAACCGCGGGGUCAAGAUCUUCGGGGUGCGCCUCACCGAUGGCUCCAUCCGCAAGAGCGCCAGCAUGGGGAACCUCUCGCUCCUCUCCUCCUCCGCCGCCGGAUCCACCAGCGGCGGCGCCUCCCCCGCCGACGGCCCCGACGCCGCCGGCCCCGACGCCGGGGGCUACGCCUCCGACGACUUCGUCCAGGGCUCCUCCUCCGCCUCCCGCGAGCGCAAGAAGGGUGUUCCUUGGACUGAAGAAGAACACCGGAGGUUUUUGCUUGGAUUGCAAAAGCUUGGCAAAGGUGAUUGGCGAGGGAUCUCUCGUAAUUUCGUGGUCUCAAGAACACCUACUCAAGUAGCUAGCCAUGCUCAAAAAUAUUUUAUACGUCAAGCCAAUAUGACCAGAAGGAAGAGAAGGUCUAGCCUUUUCGACAUGGUGCCAGAUGAGUCUAUGGACCUUCCACCGCUUCCUGGAAGUCAAGAACCAGAGACUCAAGUAUUAAAUCAACCAGCACUACCUCCACCGAGGGAGGAGGAGGAGGAGGUAGAUUCUAUGGAGUCAGAUACUUCUGCCAUUGCGGAGAGCUCUUCUGCUUCUGCUGUCGUGCCAGAGAAUUUGCAACCAACCUAUCCAGUGAUUGUUCCAGCUUAUUUCUCACCAUUUCUGCAAUUCUCUGUUCCUUUCUGGCAAAAUCAGAAAGAUGAAGAUGGUGGUGCGCAAGAAACACAUGAGAUUGUCAAACCUGUUCCAGUUCAUUCAAAGAGCCCAAUCAACGUUGAUGAGCUUGUAGGCAUGUCGAAGCUCAGCAUAGGAGAGUCCAAUCAAGAGACAGUCUCAACUUCUCUUUCAUUAAAUCUGGUAGGAGGUCAAAAUAGACAAUCAGCUUUCCAUGCAAAUCCACCGACGAGGGCACAGGCAUGAUCUCGUCCUGCACACACCUGCAUUUAGAUGAAUCCCGGGCAAAAUAAGCUUUGCCUCCUUGUUUUUUUUUCCUUUUUGUGUUAAGAUUAACCGUUCUCUGUAGUCUGUAUCAUGUGCUGUAAGUUAUGCUAUGUAUGAAUGUAUCUGUUGUUUGUCUGGCAGACAUGAUAAAUCACUCUAUGUUAACAGAAUCAGUAAUGGUAGUGCUGAUCUUCAUGGUUGUACUGUUGUAUAACUCUUUUAUAAGGAAAAAAAUAUUAGUCAGUUAUUUUGA